AUGAACAAACUCUGUAGAUAUGUUCGCCCGUGUCGAUCCGUAGGCCGGCUGUGCUUCGCCACAACAACGUCCAGCACAGCAGAAAGCGUCCUCCGAUUGACAUUAACAUCGCCGCACAACACGUAUUUCAAGGCGACACCCAUCAAACAGGCCAACAUAGAGUCCACCACGGGCGCCAUGGGUAUCUUGGCAGCACACGUGCCUACCAUCCAGCAACUGGCACCCGGCCUGAUUGAAAUUUUCCCCAUCGAAGCCAGCGGUGGGUUUGCCGUCAUGAAUCCGGACUCAUCGCUCGUUAUCUCUGCAUCUGAGGUAUGGCCGCUGUCAGCGUUCGUGCCAGAGGUACCUUGA